AUGUUAUUACGUGCAAGAAAUGUAAAAAACUUUAUGGAAGACGCGACAUUUCAUAAAUAUUAUCUGAGUUCGAAUCAGCAGUUAAAUGCCUCUCCGGCAGAAUCCGAAGAGUUUAGCGCCAUCAUCGAUUAUGACAGUCACACCAAUCCACCAUCUACCUCUCCAAUUGACAACGAGUCCCCGUCAGAACAGCAACAACAACAGUUUAACAAGGAAGACCCGAACUUUCAUAAAUAUUAUCUGAGUUCGAAUCAGCGGUUAAAUGUCCCUCCGGCAGAAUCCGGAGCGUUAAACGCCAUCAUCGAUUAUGACAGUCAUACUAAUCCACCGUCUACCGCUCCAACUGACAACGAGUCCCCGUCAGAACAGCAACAACAAGAGUUUAACACCUCAUCAGUAGCCACUUUCAUCAAACGUAUGAAGAAACAUGUCCGUAGUGUCACCGAACAGCCUUGUGUAGAUCCUGCUACACCUUUCCAUCGCAAUCCGGGUGAAGGCUCAAAAAGUGAUCUAAAGCUUGACCACAUCUACACCGAUUUGAUUAUUCAUGAAAACAGAGCUUUGUCUGAAUUUAGUGAAGAUAGAGAGAAACAACUGAAAGAAUACCACAGACCCAGAGAAGAGUCACGAUCAACACGGCCGGGAGAUAUUUUUGAUGCUGACAAACGGAAUAUUCUUGUUGUCGGUCGUCCUGGAAUUGGAAAAACUAUGUUUUGCAAAAAGAUUCUGCGCAAUUGGGCAUCCGAUAACUUGUUCAGUGAUGCACAAAAAUCUGAAAUUGAUUUGAAACUCGCUUUCCUCAUUAAGUUUAGGAAGUUUAACUACACAAACGAAAAACUCAGUCUUCGCAAACUCCUGGACGCAUCGGAGUAUUCUAAACUACCUCUAUCCGAUGAAGUUUGGCACUACAUCAUUGACAACCCAGACAAAGUACUCGUCAUAUUUGAUGGAUUUGACAAUGUAGAAGACUCGAUGCCUCUUCAUACCCUGUACAAGAAGAUAUUAUCAGGAAAAAUCCUUCCCGGUGCUACAGUCCUAACGACUAUAAGACCAACUGCCGUGUCAUUCUUCGAACCGCCCAUUGCGUUUGAAAGAACAGUUGAAAUUCUGGGUUUUACAUCUGCAAAAGUGGAGGAAGAUUUGGAUAACUUCACAAAAGGUGAUGGUAACAAAGCAGAAGCCAUAAAGCGAUAUAUCAGAAGUAACCUUAAACUCCAAUCCUUCUGCUACAUUCCUGUGAAUUGUCUAAUAAUUUGUUCGUGCUUGUCACACUUGCUGAACUCACCCGUCUCCGGCUGCCUUCCCUCAAGUUUAACCAACUAUACUCCAUAG